UGAGCGUGUCUGCGCCGGAAGUAGCUUGUGGUGGUUGGCGUGGCGUUGUUAAAGUGUCGGAUGGCAGCUUACUUCCGGUUUGUGGUUCCGGAUACAUUAAUCUGUGAAGGUAGAAUGAAGGAGGAGGACGACGAUCUGGAGCGGGAAGCAGUGGAAGAGCUGCUCAAGGAAGCCAAAAGGGGAAAAGAUCGAGCUGAGACUAUGGGUGCAAUGGGCUGGAUGAAAUGUCCCCUUGCCAGCACCAACAAGCGCUUUCUGAUCAAUACCAUUAAGACCACCCUGCCACCUGAUAGAGAGAAGCACAGCAGAACGACAGAGGAGGAGGAAGAAGAGGAAGAGGAUACUAAGGACCCUGACGGGAAGCAGAGGCAUUCGGAAAAGCACGGUGCACAUCCCUAUAGGAGGAGGGAGGACUCCAGAAAAGAGAAGAGGAGAUCUCCGUCUUUAAGCAGGAGCAGGAGGCAUAGAUAGUCCGGGAGUGACGGCAAGAAACGAUAGAUCCGCUGGGUUAAAGCCAUACGCCUGAGACUGUUAUCAGUUUGCAAUAUGCAUUGUAUUAAUAGUCAGUCUGAACUGACUCUUCAGCUUGGCCAAGACUGUUAUAUGUUAUUAAUGCUUACACUACAAAUAUGACGUGCACCUAGUUGGGGGUAUAAAAGGUAUAAGCCACUUAUCGCUAAGAGGUGUAAGUAGUGUAUCACCCUCAGGAUCUCUGGGUGAAGGGUUGUGUGUACUGAAAAUGUUGGGCUGGCAUUGUUGCCUAACCAGUGGCUCUCCUGCUGUUGCAAUACUAAAACUCCCAGUAUACCUAAAGUAGUACUCAGGUGGAAAACAAUUAUUAUAAUUUUUUUUAUAAAUUGGUGCCAGAAAGUUACAGAUUUGUAAAUUACUUCUAUUAAAAAAAAAAAAAUCUUAAUCCUUCCAGUACUUAUCAGCUGCUGUAUGCUCCACAGGAAGUUCAUUUCUUUUUGAAUUUCUUUUCGGUCUGACCACAGUGCUCUCUGCAGACACCUCUGUCCAUGUCGGGAACUGUCCGGAGCAGGAGCAAAUCCCCAUAGCAAACCUAUCCUGCUCUGGACAGUUCCUGACAUGGACAGAGGUGUCAGCAGAGAGCACUGUGGUUAGACUGAAAAGAACGAUACAAUUUCCUCUGUAGAAUUCAGUAGCUGAUAAGUACUGGAGGGUUUAAGAUUUUUUAAUAGAAGUCAUUCACAAAUCUGUUGUAACUUUCUGGCACCAGUUGAUUUAAAAAAAAAAAAAAAAAAAAAAAAUCCACUGGAGUACCCCUUUAAACAUCUGCCAGGGCAUACUGGGAGUUGUAGUUUUUAUUUAUCAGCAGCAAAGACUCAGGUUAGGAAACGAUGACCCCGUGCUGACCAGGAUAAAAUGCUCAACGGAAUAGUGGCCCCACGUGGUCUGUGUGUUUGGUAACCGAGCCAUAAAGCACAAGACAACAUUAUGUAACAGGAUCUGCAGCUCAUGGUACAGUCUGAUCUUUUUCUUUUCUUGUAAUAGAAUUGAAAUGGUAAAAAUUUCUUUGUGAAAUUAAUUCUAGAGUAUUUUAUUUUAAAUGUAUGGUCCAGGAAUACGAAACAGGGUAUUUGCUUUCCUUUUUUUUUUUUUUUUUUUUUUUUUUUUUUUUUUUUAAA